AAGGACGACGUUGGGAAGAGGAAGGAAAAAUCACAGAAAAAUACCCACUCCAAGAAACAAAAACUGACGAUUACAAAGAAAGGACCGAACUAAACGUUAAAGAUGCAGAUGCCACUUUAAUAAUGAAAUUUUCAACUUUUGAUUCCGAUAAAGAUGGAACAGGUCUUACUAUUGACAAAGCCAAUGAAUUAAAUAAACCGUUGAAAAUUGUUAAUUUAGACGAAGACGUAAAAAAUAAUAUUAGUGAAGUUUUUAAAUGGAUAAAAGAAAAUAAUAUCAAACAUUUAAACAUGGCCGGUCCUCGAGCAAGUACUUGUGAAGGAAUUUAUGAUAAAACAUUAAGAUUUAUGAGUUUCUUGUUAAAGGAAUUAGAAGAUUACCAAAAAUUAAUUGAAAAAAAUAAUUAUAUAGAUAUGGAAUUAAGUUUUGAUUUAGAAGAAGAUGGCACCGUAGAUGACCAGGGAGCAAAAAUAUCGCGAAUCGAUGAUAGUUUAAAUGAAUUCGAUAAUUAUGUAUCACAACGUAUUGAAGAGAGUGAGAUCAUUCAAGAAAAUAAAGCUCAAA